CCCGGUGCCGCGGGGCAGCCGCAGCAUGGCCGAGCUGCGCAUCGCCCCGGCCCCGGUCCCGAGCCCCGCCGCUGCCCCGCUCCCUCCGCCGGCCGCAGCCCCGGCGCCGGCCCCGGUCCCGAUCCCGACCCGCCCCUCGGCGCCCGCCCCGGGCCGCCCAUAAAAGCGGCCCCGCGCCCGCCCAGCUCCGCCGCCGCCGCCGCCGCUCCGCCGCCGGCCAUGGCCAAGGACCAGCUGAAGCCGCGGCUGUGCCGAAUGCUCAAGGGGGAGAGCGGCUACGGCUUCCACCUGCACGGCGAGAAGGGCAAGAGCGGCCAGUUCAUCCGCAAAGUGGAGCCCGGCUCGCCCGCCGAGGCGGCGGGGCUGCGCGCCGGGGACCGCGUCGUGGAGGUGAACGGGCUCAACGUGGAGCAGGAGACGCAUCACCAGGUCGUGCAGCGCAUCAAGGCCGUGGAGACGGAGACGCGGCUGCUGGUGGUGGACAAGGAGACGGACGAGUACCUGUGCAGCCUGCGGCUCACCUGCACCGAGGACAUGGUGCACAACGGCAUCGUGCUGGGCUCGGCAGUGCCCCCUGCCAAGGGCCUGCCCAGCGACAACGGCGAGCUCUGGAAGCCGCAGCUGGAUCUGAGCGGGGGCGGCCUCCAGAGGCAUUCCCACAGCUUCUCCUCCCACGGCAGCAGGAAGGACCUGAACGGGCAGAAGGAGCUGUGCCCACGCCUGUGCCACCUGAAGAAAGGCCCCAAUGGCUACGGCUUCAACCUGCACAGCGAGAAGUCGCGGCCGGGGCAGUUCAUCCGCUCCGUGGAUCCCGACUCGCCCGCGGCCAGGGCAGGGCUGCGGCCCCAGGACCGCCUGGUGGAGGUGAACGGGAUCAACGUGGAGGGGCUGCGGCACUCGGAGGUGGUGUCCCACAUCAAGGCCAGGGACAGCGAGGCCAGGCUGCUCGUGGUGGACCCCGAGACAGACGAGUACUUCAAGAAGCUGGGGGUGACCCCCACGGAGGAGCACAGCAAAGGUGUGCCACCCCAGCCCAUGACAAACGGAUCUGCACAGACCCAGCUGAACGGGGGAUCCACAUCUUCAUCUCACAGCGACCUGCAGAGCCCUGGGAAGGAAUCCGAGGACGGUGACACGGACAAGAAGGACCCGUUUGAGGAGAGUGGGCUGAGCCUGAGCCCCACGGCGGCCGAGGCCAAGGAGAAGGUGAGGGCCAAGCGAGUGAAGAAGCGAGCGCCGCAGAUGGACUGGAACAAGAAACGGGAGAUUUUCAGCAAUUUCUGAGCCCUCCCUCCCGCCCAGCUCGGACCUUUCUGAGGUGCCUACGCCUGUCCUUCGGUGUCCACGUGAGAUGCUUUGUGCUCUGCUCUUCACUGGUUGCUUUUACAAGGCGUAUUUUAAAGCCCUUUUUAUUUUUAUUUUUUAUUAUUAUUAUUGUUGUUAUUAUUAUUAUUAUUGUUACUCACCAGCGAUUCUCAUAAGAAAAAUGUGACCAAAGCUCCUUUUCUUGCUUGCUCUGAGCCUGGCUCCGGCUGCCUGCCGUCCCUGUUCUAUGAGAAAGGACUGGAAGAAUUUUAACUCUUGUUUCUUACCUGCAGCAUUUAGGCUUCUGUUACUUCUUUUUUUUACUUUUUACGUGGGGUGUUUUGGCUUUGUGGGUGUCCCAGGCUGAGCCCCGUGGGAUGCUCAGUGCCCCUGUGGAAGCAUCUCAUGGCUCAUGGUGGGGGUGCCAGGAACCCCCUCCCCAGCUCCCCAGCAUCAGCUGCUCCCACCAUGGGAAAAUGGACUGUGGCUGGAAAUUGUUUGUUGGCUUUGCUGUUGAAGCAAAAAUAUUUGUUUUGUUGGGGUUGUUUUUUUUGUUGUUGUUUUUUAAUGAAGUCCAUGUGUUUCCAGUUAGUUUAGGAACCUCCCCCUCAGCAGCAGCUCCUGCCCAGGCAGUAAAAGCCCAUUAAAAGCCCAUUUUCAUCCCAAGCAGCUCUGCAGAGGGGGGAGGGUUUAAAAGCAAACCCCAAACCCUGAGAACACAGCUGUCCCCCCCUGCAGCCGUGGAUGUGGCAGGAGAAGGAGGAGCAGCAGGGCCAGCCCUGCCCCACGGAGCACCAAGAUGAGAACCACGAGAUGCUGCAAACCCCUCUGGGCAGGCCUGGCUGUGGGGCAGCUCCCACAUCUGCUGCCAGGAGGGAGCCCAGGGAUGCAGCUGGGUUGGUGUCCCCAGCCUGGCAGUGCCACCGUGGGAAGGACAUCCUGCAAAGGAAUCCUGCAAAGGAAUCCUGCAAAGGAAUCCUGCAAAGGAAUCAACAUCCUCUGGAGCCCUGGGUGUCCCUGGGGCUGCAGGUGCAGCAGGCUCUGCUGUGAUAGAGGGAACAGCACCCCUGGCCUCCUCCAAACCCACUCUGGCCAUUCAGAGUGUAUCUAAAGCACUACAGAUGAGUCCAUUUAAGCUCUUUGUUGUUCCCUCUGGGUGUGUGGGUGAAGGUGGCCCAGCUGAGCUGGGUUACAGGGCUGGGGCUGCCCCACUGCUCCCCUGCCCCUGCAGGACCCCAGCCCUGCUCUGGGGAGGGACUGGGGGCACAGGGCCCCUGUUCCCAGCUGGGAUCAGUGGAUGAGGGCUGAGCACAGAGCUGUGGCUGUGCCCUGCCUCCCUCAGCCCCUCAGGGAUGGAGGCCCUGGCUGGGCAGCGUGCUGUGGGUGUGGGAACGGCUCUGCACGGAUUUCCCAAGGAAUCCCCAAAUUGUGGAGCUAAAGGUGCCUUAUGCCAUGCUCUGCUGUCCUCAGCAGGGGCUGGGGCUCAGCACAGCGUGUUGGGCUGCCCUGGGCAGCAGCUGGUGCCCCUGGCCUUGUGCUGCUGGCAGGAGAGCGUGGAGAGCCUCAGGGGGGAGGAGAUGAGUUCUCUUUAUGAAAGUGAUCUUUGAGGAUUGUCGAUGGGCUGAACAGGUAGGAAAUAAUGGCUUUGGAGAGGAGCUGGUGCAGGUUUGGCUGUGGGUGAGGAGACAGGACAUGGGGGUGAUGGGGAUGUGGAGAGGCUGCCUCCCCUCGGGGCUCUGCCAUUAACAAGACACCUCUUCCCAUCCCACUUCAAGCUACCUGCUCUCUCUUUGUCCCCCAAAAUACUGUUUUCUCUGUCUGGGUGAUGUUUGGCAGGAGCCCCUCUUUCGCAUGCUGUGCCCACAUUGCCAAACCCCGGCAGUGCCCGGGCUGUGCAGGGCAGAGCAGCCCCAGGACACCCUGGUGCCCAUCAGAGAGCACAGACCUGGUGUCAACGCCCCAUUCCCCACCCCAGACUGCUGGACUUGAGGGGGGAAAGGAAAAAAAAAACCCUUGUGUAGUGUUGAAUGUAGAUCAAAAGAAAUCAGGCGUGCAAAUCCGUGUUGGUAAGAUUGCAAAUCUUAAUCUGUCAGUGCAAGGAAACUGCUCCUGGUUGAAGCAUUACUGCAUUCCUGACAUCUUGUUGUAGCUCAGUAGUAAUUAUUCAGUUCCUGUACAUUUAACUUGGAAAAGAAAAAUCAAUAAAGUCUAAGGCUGGCAGCAGCAUUGCAAACCCAUAUGUACACUGUAAUGUCAGUAAUAAACUUGGUUUGCCAUGUA